UAUAAAACGUUCAUUAUCUAUUACACACAUUUACCUCAGAAGUGUGUGUUAAAGUGGGAGUGUCAAUAGUGCAUUGUUUUCAAAAUUUUAUUAAAAAGGAUGCUGUGGCCCUUCAUCGUGGUAUUCAGUUUACUCGGGGGGUUCUGGCUGAGUUGGCGAUACAAGAACAGAAGACUUAUACAUCUGGCCAGCAAGUUUCCUGGGCCUAAAACAUGGCCGUUUAUAGGCAAUGCUCUUCUGUUCAUGGUUAAGCCUGAAGAUCUAAGCAAUGUAGUGAAAAAACUACUUGUACAGUAUGGUGACGCCAUCAGGUUCUGGUUGGGGCCCGACUUGAAUGUUGUAAUCAGCGAUCCUGAUGACAUCAAGGCAUUAUUAUCAAGCGCAAAGACUACCUACAAAGGACCUCAGUACAAAUACAUGGCUGAUGUUAUCGGCGAGGGAAUUUUGAGUGGUUCUGGAACAAAAUGGCGCCGUCACAGAAAAAUCGCAACCCCAAAUUACGGAAAACGUGCUAUCGAGAACUACACCAAUACCUUUAACAUAGAAGUAGACUCGCUGUUAACUAAUCUGAGAAAGAAACGCACAGAACAACAAUUCAACAUUUACGAUGACAUCGUGCUGACGACUUCGUAUGCGAUUUGCCAGACACUAAUGGGGCUGAGCAAAGAUCAGACACUAAACUUGCCUUAUCUAUAUGAAGUGAUAGAAACAAGUCCUAGUAUGUACGACACAGUGUUCAACAGAAUGACAAAGUGGUAUCUGCAGAUAGAUCCGAUAUUUUGGUUAACGUCGGCCUACCGCCGACAACGAUACUUCAUAAAAAUAAUGUCGGAAUGCUGCCAAAAGAUAUUGCAACACCGAAUGGACAGGUUAAAGACUCUUGAAACGGAAAGUAAAAAGAACUUGAUGAGUAAUGAUGAGGAUGACGUAAGGAAUACAGAAAUCAGCGUUAUUGAUAGAUUUAUUCUAUCCCAAGAGUUAAACGCUGCAGAACUAAUACACGAGACAUUUACUGUGUUUACAUCGAGUCAAGAAGCAUCCGCGAAAAUAUCAUCUGCUUUGUUGCUUAUGAUGGCAUAUUAUCCAAAUUAUCAGGAGAAGCUUUACGCCGAAAUAAAGUCUAUUCUGGGUGACGAGGAUAGAUGGGUAGACGACGAUGAUUUCAAGCGAAUGCCGUAUUUGGAAAUGGUAUUUAAAGAAGUGCUGAGGCUUUUUCCUAUAGGAGCCCUCUUGCAGAGAACUGUUCAAGAAGAUAUCACUAUAAGUUCAGGCACCAUCCCGGCUGGUAGUAGUUUAGUAAUCCCAAUUUACCACAUGCACCGAGACGUACGGUUCUGGUCUCAACCUGAAGAUUUUAAUCCUGAGAGAUUCAACCCUGCAAACACUGCAGAGCGGCAGCCAAAUUGUUAUAUACCUUUUAGUUUAGGACCUAUGGAUUGCUUAGGAAGACACUUUGGAACCAAAUUGAUAAAAACGAUAUGUGUCAGAAUACUAAACCAGUUCGAGGUGUCGUCGACCGACAAAUACAAGGAUCUUAGGUUAACAAUAGCGAUUUCUGCUUCGCCCAUAGAUGGAUACCAUCUCAGUUUACGACCGAGAUCACAAAACAACGAAUUACAUGUGAAAUAGUAUAUUUAUUAGUAAAACCAAAUAAAAUUGUUGUACCUAUGUCCAGGGAAAACCAAGUUUUAAUGAUGAUGUUAGUUUCAUUUUGUUAUAAUAAUAAAAAAUGUAUGGAA